AGAAGAGAAUCAGAAUCAGACGAGUUAGGCUUACCAGCCCCAAUACGGACAGCGACAACGCCCAAAAACUGACAAAUAAGCACUGCCAUAUUGCAACAAGAAGCAUCUACAAAUUAAACUGAUAGAAAGGACAAAAAACCAUAUAUCAACAGAGCAACCAAACUACCUCGAUUGCUGCUUGGCGCCAGCCAAUAAAAAAUAAUUUGAACCGAAUGAAGAACCAGAAGCCCAGUGAAAGUCCAUCUCCAAUGUAGGGGGGAAAAUGGAACAGGUAAUAACCAGUAGCAGGACCACUUAAAGGACAAAGGACAGGACGAAACCGGUACAGUUUCGCUUACACAGAGCACUCUCCAAACGCUUCCACUCCGAAUCCAAUUAAGUCCCUUAGACGUACUUGAUCAAAGAACUCCAGUAGGAAGCAGAUACCUUGAGGUAUAAUGAAGAGCAACGGGGAUGUGGAGGCGGCAACGCCUCAGCCUGUGGCAGGAUCAAAGACCAGCAAUGGUCAUGGUCACGGCCAGAGCAAUGGCAAUGGCAAUGGCAACGGCACUGGCAAUGGCAAUGGCUACCAUCAGAACGGAGGAAGACGCGACUCCACGCAGGCCUUUACGCCUCUUCUCGCCCAGCACAAUCAGACAAACGGCGAGGGGUUGGGCAACCAGGCCCCCCCGGCCACGCCCACAGGCAACACUGUGCUGUACGAGAGCACGCCCAGCAACAACAACGAGUGGAAGGCCUCGGAGGACAUCAAUAACCUAAAGAACGGCCUCGGGGGCCUGCUGAGCAGCAACAACAACGGCACUGGCAACGGGCACAGUCUCCGCGAGAAGUACGCCCACGAGCAGGCACCACUGACUGGGGGCUACAAGCUGCCAAAGCGCUCCAGCGAAUCGGAGGAGUCGGACGACUUUGAUUCGGACCUCAAUGGGGGCGCCGACGAGGGCUCCAGCUGCGGGCUGUUCGGCUGCCGGCCGAGAUGGGCGCGUCGGUUUGCCUCGACGCACGUGUUCAUGGUGGUGUUCCUGCUGGCGUACAUCCUGCAGGGCAUGUAUAUGACCUACUUUGUGUCGGUGAUCACCACGAUCGAGAAGCUAUUCCAGAUCAAGUCCAAGACCACGGGCUUCCUGCUGAGCGCCAGCGAGAUGGGCCAGAUCUGCACGGCCAUGCUGCUCACGUAUUUUGCGGGACGGGGCCAUCGCCCCCGUUGGAUUGCCUGCGGCAUGGUGUUAUUCUCGAUUGCCGCCUUUGCCUGUGCCUUGCCCCACUUUAUCUUCGGGGAGCAGCUGAUGCACUCCAGCGUGAUCCUUCAGCAGCAGCAACAGGUGCUCCCUGCGCGAUCGGAGUCAUCGUCGUCUUUGAUGUGGCACAAUGCCACCCGAGAGAUGCUGAAUCCGAAUCUCUGCCAUUUGGGCGGUAAUGGUUCGCUGGCCGGUAGCGAGUGCAACGAGGAGCGGCAGCUGGAGCAGGCCUCCCACUCGAAGAUCACCGUCAUCGUCCUGUGCAUCUUCUUUGGCAGUUUGCUCAGCUCUGGCAUUGGCCAGACGGCCGUGGCCACCCUCGGAAUACCCUACAUCGAUGACAAUGUCGGCAGCAAGCAGUCGCCCAUGUACAUGGCCGUCACCAUUGGCAUGCGGAUCCUUGGACCCGCCUCCGGCUUCAUCUUUGGCAGCUUCUGCACGCGCUGGUACGUGAAUUUCUCGAAUCCCGGCUUCGAUGCCACCGAUCCGCGUUGGAUUGGCGCCUGGUGGCUGGGACCCGUGGCCAUUGGCAGCCUAAUGCUGUUAACCUCCAUUGCCAUGUUCUCGUUCCCCAAGCAGCUGCGGGGAAAGCAGCAGACCCAGGCCCAGGUGGUGGCCGCUGCGGCAGCUGCCCCCGAGCCAGAGGAGAAGCCCAAGCUCAAGGAUUUCCCCAAGACAGUGCGGCGGCAGCUGAGCAACGAUAUACUGAUGUUCCGCACUGCUUCCUGUGUGUUCCAUCUACUGCCCAUUGCCGGCCUGUACACGUUCCUGCCCAAGUACCUGGAGACACAGUUUCGGCUGGCCACCUACGAUGCCAACAUGAUUGCCGCCUUCUGCGGCAUCCUGGUCAUGGGCAUUGGCAUUGUCAUCUCUGGUCUGUUCAUACUGAAGCGCAAGCCAACGGCCCAGGGCGUGGCCGCCUGGAUUGCCUUUACCGCUUUGGUCUAUUCGGCGGGCAUGAUCAUCCUGAUGUUUAUUGGCUGCAGCAUGGAUGACUUUUCCGGCUACAAGGCUGGCAAUGCCCACAGUCCCGCUCUGAUCGAGCCCACUUGCAGCGCAGCAAUAAACUGUACCUGUGAUAAGGAGAACUUUGCACCGAUCUGUGCCGAUGGGACGAUGUAUAUAUCGGCCUGCCAUGCCGGCUGCAGCACCUCCUCGCUGCGGCCCAGCGACAAUCGCACACUCUACUCGAACUGUGCUUGCAUUCCAGAUGCUGCGGAGGCGGUCAACGGUUACUGUGAUAAUAACUGCAAGAACUUCAUCUACUUUAUACUGAUCUUUGCCAUUUGCGUAUUUAUGCAUUCCACCUCCGAGGUGGGCAGUAUGCUGCUCGUCAUGCGCUGUACACAUCCGAAAGACAAGGCCAUGGCCAUGGGUGUGAUACAGUCUGCCAUUGGCUUAUUCGGGAAUGUUCCUUGUCCGAUCAUUUAUGGGGCUGUGGUCGACUCGGCGUGCCUCAUCUGGAAGUCUGUGUGUGGCAAGCACGGUGCCUGCUCGCUCUACGAUGCGGAUACUUUCAGGCAUUAUUUCUUAGGAAUCACGGCCGGCAUCAUGUUUCUGGCUUUUCUGAUGGAUCUGGUGGUGUGGCGCAAGGCGCAUCGCAUUGAUAUCGCACCCGAAGACCCACAGGAAGGAGCGGCAGCGGCCAAUGGCCGGUCCCUAGAUGUGUCCGAGUCGAAGCAGCCCAUUACCCCGGCACCGGACACCACUGUCUAGGUAGAGGCGGGAUCUGGGGCGGGAUCAGAUGGGACAGGACGGGACACAGACAAGCAUUGCAGGAACUCUGCAAGAUUUCCAAUAAACGUUAAACCUUAAUUGUUAAUUAGUUAUCAUUUUGUCUAGUUUUUUAGCCUAGUGCAAGAGUUAUGUAAUUAGUUAAGUGGCAUAUACCCAUACCCAUACCCAUACCCCUCUCCUUCUCUUCCCUAUUCUACAUACUCGUAGGACCUAGGGAAUACGAUUUUGAAAUCUGUGUAAAUCUCAACGUUAUAGUCGAAAAAAGGAUCGAAGAAAAUGUAAUUGUAGAAACACUAUCAAUACAUAUAUAUAUAUACAUAUAUAUAUAUACCGAUAAAUGAUCGAAAAUUGUGCAAAAUGGCCAGAAAAAUUGAUAAAUCUGUAUGUAUAACUACUAUAU